AUGGCUAAGGUGCCUGUCAUUGUUGAUGAAGUGUCCGGGUUCGAAUACAAAAAGAUCCCCGCCUAUCACAUGCAAAAACGUCGAUGGUGGUUGAGAGUCGCUCAGCUGCACAAACUUCUCGGAUUGAAGCAACAAAUUAACCUAAGACACGGCGAAAACAAAUUGGAUUACGACGACGACAACUUCAGUAAAAUCAGUGACAACACUUACUACAACGACAAUUCAGCCGAAAGAUGCAGAGUUCCGAAAAAAAUUUUUGGUUCUUUAAUACAGAAAAGAAGCUUGAAAAUAAACAUCAGCAGUAAAUUGAAGUUUAUCAGUGGCAGCCGCAAUAACAGACAUUUAUCCCCAAUGUCAUCUAGCAGAUAUCACGUGCUGCAUGCAAUCUGCUUGCUAGGUCUUGAAAACUUCGACUCAAUUUUCAGAUUUCAAAUUCCUUUGCCGCUCAAAGUUCUGCAAAAUAACGACGAACAACAAGAGAUUGUUAUUUACAAGCAGCACGAACCUGGCGAACAGCUGCGAGAUGAACGUCAAACUCCAGAGACAGCAGAACCAACAACAACGUAUGAAAAAGAACCACAAAACCACAUUCAGUUGACAUCAUCCAGCCAGCAGACCCAGCAUCAACCACAAAUACUCGAACAACAGCGGCACGACAGCAAUCAAAAACACACAAAGCCGGCAAACGCGAAGAGGCCAACCUCGCUUCAGGGGCUGAACUUCUCUCGGGAGAGGAAUGAUUUUGCAGUAAAGGAGAGAAGAGGUAGGAGGUCCAAUCACGAUUCGGACUCGCCACUUUUCCAAAAUCACAGUCCUUCGCAUUUUUAUAUUACAGAAGAAAAUAUCGUACAAGUUGAUAUGUUCUACCGGAGUUACAUGAGUGACAUCUUCGUCUGCAAGUGUUCCGUAGUGCUCAGGUUCAAAUCCAUACGAAAGCAGCUAGCCUACAAAGACCUCAGCAGCAGCAGCAGACCACAAAGUUUGAUUGAAGCAGCGACAAGUACGGCUUCUAGUACGGCGACAACUUCGUCGCAAACGUAUAAGACCACAAAUAGUGCUGGAAAUGUUAUAUCGCUUGUGGGUGAUGGUGGUAGGUUGUUGCCGUCCAGAAGUUUAGGUUCCUCUCCGGUCGCAGGUUCAAACGCAAACGCUGCUGGAAAAGAUUAUCAGGACCUGUUUGAUGAAUGGUUCCAUCUCACCUGUGUUGACUCAUUUGACAACAACAACAACAAUGCAACAUGUUACAACAAUGCAACAUGUUACAACAAUGCAACAUGUUACAACAACGCAACAUAUUACAACAACAACAACAAUUUUAAUAAUGGUGACUGCAACAGCAACAACAUCAGCGUCGUCGACAUCAACAAUAUCAAUUGUAACAACAUUCAAAACAGCUACAUCGACAAUUUCUGCGAAAAUUUGUUAACCUUUCCUGGAAACGAUUUAACCAGUAACAACAACAACAGCAGCAAAAAUAACAACAACAACAGUGGCAACAACAACAGUGGCAACAACAACAACAAUAGUGGCAACAACAACAACAACAGUAGCAACAACAACGACACUAACGAUGACGACGACGACGACGAUGGUUGGGAGCCUUACAAAUCCGGCCUACUCCUAUUGAUCCACAAUCACGGAGUUGAAGGACGACGUGAUAGAAAGCUCCACAUUGUUCUAGCAGAGCCUGGAAGCGGAUUCACCUUGUGGCGUGACGUAAUCGACCAUCUGUCCAAUUACGAACGACUUGGUGACGUCACGCAGGCUAUGCUGACGUCACGUGAUCAUAACAAAAUGGCCGGUUUCAAGUUCAACGACAAAAACGCGGCCUCUGAGUUUUAUGACAAAAUUUCCGGUUUGACUUCUGACGUCACCGACGCUCUUCUCAACAUCUCCAGCAGACGAAUUAAAAACAAAUCAAAACUGUGCGGCGGCCGUCCUGAUAGCGACUGCUGUAGCGUCUGUAGUAGCGUUUGCAGCUGCAGUAGUAACGGAAGUAACUGUAGCAAUAGUAGUGUUUUGUUUGGCGAUUGUUGCCAUGUGAAUGAGGCUAACGUGAAUUUUCGCGGCAAGAAGAACAAUUUGGAUGUCUGCAAUCAGACAAAACUGCACCGACGGUUCUCCCUCACAGUGGGCAGCAGACUGACCACGGCCAUCAGGCAGAAGUUCUCCAGCGUCUACACCUCAUCCCCAAAAUCUUUCCGCCACUCUGGCUCUUACGAAAAAAUUCGGACCGGUGUCAAACCUGAUGGGCCCAGUUGCAAAAGUGAAACAUGUUUCUGUGGCUGCUGUUGUUGUGGUAGUGGUGGUGGCAACACUAGCGACGGUAGAUUUUCCAAUAGUUGUGGUGGUGGUGGUGUUUGUAGUAGCAGCAGCUGUAGCGAUGUUAAAAAUUGUUUUAGUAGUAAGUGUUCUCUGGGUAUUAAAAGUUGUCCGGGAGAGGUUUGUGAAAAGAGAAAUGAUUCGAAUGAAGUUGAAACGUUAGAAUUUGGAGGUAAGAAUUGUGAUUUCAACAGCGGAACGAGUGUGGAUGUGGCGAGCAAUGAAGUUGUCGUCCUAACUUCUGGAAGACUUUCAGAGGAAAUGGAUGAAUUUUUUUCCAGCAGCAGCAACAACAACAACAACAACAGCAGCAGCAACAACAACAACAUCAGCAACAAAAUUUUUGAGUACGGAAAGAAAUAUAGACGUUCCAGUCAGAAACAUUCUUCUCUCAGAUGUAAAAACGUUUCGCCGAAAAGUUGCGUCAAAAAAUUUGAAAAUUUGAAAAAAUCCGACAUUUCAAACCCCUGCUGUUUCACUCGCGUCGGUGGGGUGGAGUGGAUGGAUAGGGAGUUUUUCCUAAAAAGGACCGAAAUGGGUGAGUACGAUUUCGUCACCAACAAAAUCAUCACACUGAAUUAUUUCGAUUUCGAUUUCAAGACUAAAGCACUCAAGUCUAUUUUGAAAAAAAGUAAAACUGGUGGCUGUGGAGGUAGCGCCGUCGGCAGUGAAGUCGAUAGUGGUGGCCAUGGUGGUGACGAUCGUGGUAAAAAAUAUGUCAGAAACAAUUGCGACAGCAUAAAUCAUGAUAACGAAAGAGAUGUAUCCAUUGAGUGUUACGGCGAGAAUGAUAAUAGAUACAUAAAAGAUUCUGGAUACAAUGAUAAUGAUGGUGACGACGACGACGAUGAUGACGAUAGGGAUGAUUACCUUAGUAAAACAGCCGUUCGCUACAAGUUAUAAACACACAUGGAGUAACAAUCAUGACAGUUUGAUUGUUGUUAAUAUUGGAGUAAAUUAAAUUCACGUUUAAUUAUUCUUAUUUUAAUUAGUUUUAUAAUUAGUCUGAUAAUUAGUUUAAUAAUUAGUUUUAUAAUUAGAUGGUUUUUAACAUUUUCCAGCUUCCUAAUUUUAUUUUUAUAAAGAACAACUCUUUAUGAAUUUUAAUUUUUUUUCAUCUGCCCGCAUUUAAUUGAAUGAAAAUAAAUAUUCUUUAUUCUCAUUUGAUGUUGGUGAAAAUGAACUUCCACACCGUGCGCACACACACACGCAAACACACACACACACAGACAAACACACAGACACACACAAACACAUUAUUGUAGCUUUUAAACAUAGCAUCUUUCCAUUGUAUGUUUUAUGUCUGCUUUAAUCGUAACAAAAAUUGUUUUCUUUGAUUUUUAGACUUUAAUAACUGUAUGUGUUUAGCAUUUAUUUUCAGACUGAUUUAGUUUGAAGAGAAAAAAGACCAAUUGU